AUGGCUGCGUUCGAUCCCGUGGACUCGGAAAAACCCGCGGAACUCCUGGAUCCCCAAACCUUGCACAACGGUACCAUUCCCUAUCCAACCGCACUUUCUCCUUCGGCCAUUUUGGAAUUUCAGAAAUGCCCGCAAUCUUACCUAUUCCAAUACCUGUACAAACUCAAGCAACCCACCAGUCUCGCCUUGGCGAAAGGUUCCAUGCUCCAUCACGCCUUGGAACAAGUGUACGAUCUGCAACCCGCCGAGCGUGAUUUAUCCACUCUGCAGAAUCUAUUCCGUCGCGUCUGGAGCCAAAAUCGCGAAUCGGAUGUGUACCGGGACUUGUUCGCGACUCCCGAAGCCGCCCGGGAUCUCGCGAUGGAAUCCGUCUGGGGUCGGGAGGGGCUCCAACUGUUGCAGAAUUACGUGCGCUUGGAAAAUCCGCAAGCCGUCACUCGCCCUAAUCCAGUCCAACGGGAAAUAUGGGUCCGGGCUCAUCUCACCAUCGAUUCCUCACAGGGUGCGACGGGGUACGUCCUGCCCGGUCGCAAACCCCAGGCCACGUCCACACCGAACAACAAGGACGCAGCCGCCUUUUUAGUCCGUGGCAUUGUGGAUCGGUUGGAUAUGGUCCGGACGCCUGAAUCGAAACAAGCAGUCCUACAAAUCGUCGAUUACAAAACCGGCAAGGCGCCGCAUCUCAAGUAUAGUGCGGGCAUGAAUCAGAAAAUUCGGGACGAAGCGCUGUUUCAACUGCAAAUCUACGCACUCCUGUUGCGCGAAAAGCAACUCCAGAAACAACAGCAGUUCGAAGACGAUGCGGCCGCGUCCUCGCAAACCUUACCCGUGCGAUUUCUGCGUCUCUUGUACCUAACAAACGUCAACGAUCAGGCCGAAACGCUGGACAUGGACUUGGGAGCGACGCCGCUUGAGCGGGACUCACGACUCCAAGACGUGCACGCGCAAAUCUCUACCGUGUGGAACUCCAUUAUCGAUAUGGUCAGUCGACAGGACCCUCACGCCUUUGUCGGCUGUGACCGGUCGUUUUGCUAUUGCCACAAGUGCCGAUCGCGAUUCGUGCCGGGAUCUGUAUGGGAACCGCCGGUGGAACCGACCUAA